AUUUUUGUACAGUCCACACACAUUGGCAUUUUUUAUGUGAAACAAAAAUAUCAUCUUUGUAUAUGUUUAAGUAUUUCAUGGCCAUGUCAAAUGUCUAAGAUCUGGUUAUGCUUGGGACUGGCCUUUCACGUGGGCAAACUGCAUGUAACGGAUUAAGUGGGCUCACGUUGUAAGCUUGGUGGCCUGGAGCACAUUGUCGCAUUGAGUAUAGCCUUGGGGACUCAGGCUCACCGUCAUUGGCUGCUGGCCUUAAGCUGCUCGUAAAUAUUGUUUCUCUGAAGCACAAACAUGGGGAUCGAAAAAUGUGCAGUGAUAAAACAUUGAGUCUUGCUUGGCAUGAUGAAGUCUGACCGUGAACUUCAGGCAGUGGGGAUCUGGCCAGUGAGGUCUCAGUUUAUGUGAGCAGCUAGUGCCAGUGCGAGCUUUGAGGAUGACGACCGAGUUUUCUUCUGACAAGUUCAGUGUGAAAAGAAGAUCAUCUGGAGGAGAUAUUGGGAGACAAUUGUGAAUUUGAAAAUCUCCUUUGGGAAAAUUGGAUGGUCUAAAAUUAAAUAGGUUACAGAUUUUUCUUAGACUUUUAGGAUAUUUUGGAAGAGCGUUGACAUGGAUGUCAUUGUUGCAGUGAUAUGUUGCUUGACCCGAUGGAAUACAGACUGUGAUUAUGUGAAGAAAGAGUUUUCUUACAUGUCAUUGCAAAUAUGUUGAGCAGAGUUGGGAAAAGGAUGAACCUGUUGGAUUCUAUUAUUUAAACAGUUUCUGUUCUGGAAGGAUAAGUAAAAAUCAUUAUGAUUUGUCUAUGUUUGUGUUGAUUGCUGCCAUGUAAUUUAAGGCUGAAACAGUAUGUACUAACAUUGUACCAAGUCGUCAAGCAGAAACAGCUGUCUACCACUAUAUACAGUACAGGGGGAUAAUCUGUGGAAGAUAUCUGAGGACUGUUGAGACAGUUACAAUGAAAGUUGAACUUGCUGAGGCGGACACGACGACUCCUAAGCAUGGGACUGCUAUCAAUGUCCAGCAGUUUGUGGAUAUUGUCCAAAGUGUGAUGUUGCCAGGGAUCGAGGCUGUGUGUGCGUCGGAUGACAAAGGUCCCCAACACAGGCCAGGAGAUGCGUGGAUGGGAUACCAUCAAAUGGGCUGGCCCAGUCAGGAGUAUUCACCUCACCACCCCAGCCGGCAGGUGCUCAACAUCCUCCACCAGCAACAGCAGCAGCAACAUCAGCAACAGCAGCAGCAUCACAUGUUGUCUCAAUCCUCCUCCUGGCAGAGCCCUACUAGCAUGUCCUCCUUACUGCGAGGUGGUGCAGCAUUCACUGGAGGGGCAACAUCUACAGACAACUCCAGCUAUCCCAAGGAUGAUUCUGUUCAGCCUUGCGAUGCACAGUCAAGGAGCAUGAGUGCUGCAAGACGUAGAGCGAUACCUCAUUCUUCAGGACUUGUGGACCUGCAGAGUCUGCCUGGUACUACAACCCCAGUUACUCGCGUGGCUUGUGUUCCCUUGCCAACCAAGUGUGUGACUGACGCCAUUGACAUGAACUACCAGGAAUUGGACAGCAGUGACCAUAGAGGCCGCAGCUUGCUCAAGAGGAAGUAUUCACUGAGCAAGUCGGACUCAGCAUCCAGUUCCAGUCCAAAGCAGAUCCACCUGGAUGAUUCCAUGCAGGCUGAGAAGAAGAAGCGGUUUGCUCGUACAACUGAAGCUUUGAAGAAGCUGGGCUUGUGGGAGAUUGCAAUGAGGACUGGCGAAAUGAUUAUUCAGAAUAGAACACUUCAACAGGAGCUGAACGAACUGAGACAAGAAUCUAAACAGCUGAUGCUAUCUGUGUUGAAAAAUCCUGAAAAUAACAGUUUCAAGCAAGCUCUUCUCACUAUGCAGGCACAAUUUUAUGCCCGUAAACACAAGUCCUUUGAGAACCACAACAUUUCUAUCAAGUCUUCAUGAUUGCCAUUGGUCUCUGUUCUGGAUUCGUCUCAUUUGCAUAUCAUUUGCAUAUCAUUUGCAUAUCAUUACAACCUAAUUGGAAGUUUCAUGUUAUCUAAAUCAGUUUUUGUAGCAUGUGUGAAAGUCCACCUUUUUAAAAUGUGUACAAAAAUCUGUUUUGUUAGAAUAUGUUCAAGUUUGAGAUGUACAUAAUCUUUGAAUGUUGUAAAUUUUGAUUGUAUGUAUGCUGUUGUGAUUUGUUACUAGUCGCAGUCAAGGCACUUGUGUAUAGGCUUUAUCUCUAAAUGUUGUGCUGUUGAGACUUUUCACUGCUUACCAAAGGUUAAUUGGUGUAUUGUGCACAUGGUUUUUCUAUUCAAUUAGGAAUUCAGAUUCUUUUUCUUUUUAAUUAGGCUUCAAGGCAAAUAUAAUGUUUUCAUGUAUUAUUGGAGAAAAGCAAUGCAGCAGUUGGACAUGUACAUGCAUAAUCUGUGGUUAGAGUCCCCUCAUCCCUUCCCACACCAGUACCCCGCUGUAUCAACCCCUCCCAUACUAGUACCCAGCUCCAUCAACCCCUCCCACACAAGUACCCCUCUGUAACAACCCCUCCCACACAAGUACCCCUCUGUAUCAACCCCUCCCACACAAGUACCCCUCUGUAACAACCCCUCCCACACAAGUACCCCUCUGUAACAACCCCUCCCACACAAGUACCCCUCUGUAACAUCCCCUCCCACACCAGUACCCCUCUGUAUCAACCCCUCCCACACAAGUACCCCUCUGUAACAACCCCUCCCAUACUAGUACCCAGCUCCAUCAACCCCUCCCACACAAGUACCCCUCUGUAACAACCCCUCCCACACAAGUACCCCUCUGUAUCAACCCCUCCCACACAAGUACCCCUCUGUAACAUCCCCUCCCACACCAGUACCCCUCUGUAACAACCCCUCCCACACCAGUACCCCUCUGUAACAACCCCUCCCACACCAGUACCCCUCUGUAUCAACCCCUCCCACACAAGUACCCCUCUGUAACAUCCCCUCCCACACCAGUACCCCUCUGUAUCAACCCCUCCCACACAAGUACCCCUCUGUAACAACCCCUCCCACACAAGUACCCCGCUGUAACAACCCCUCCCACACAAGUAUCCCGCUGUAACAACCCCUCCCACACAAGUACCCCUCUGUAACAACCCCUCCCACACCAGUACCCCGCUGUAACAACCCCUCCCACACCAGUACCCCUCUGUAACAACCCCUCCCACACAAGUACCCCUCUGUAACAACCCCUCCCACACAAGUACCCCUCUGUAACAACCCCUCCCACACCAGUACCCCUC